AUGAAAUUGGUUGGAAGAACAAAUACCUUUGGUCUCUCAGGAAGACCUUUGAGACUUGCCGUCACUAUCAUCGCUACUACUGGUUUUUCCCUCUUCGGUUAUGACCAAGGUCUAAUGUCCGGUUUGAUUACCGGUACGGAAUUCAAUAAGGAGUUCCCCGCCACUUCGCUUACUAGACCACAUGUGGAUAAGCACCAUGUUACUGUUAUUCAAGGUGCUGUCACUGCCUGUUAUGAGUUGGGAUGUUUCUUUGGUGCCUUGUUCGCUCUUUUCCGCGGUGAGCGUAUUGGCAGAAAGCCUUUGAUUUUCUCUGGCUCUCUCAUUAUCAUUGGUGGUACUAUCAUUUCUGUCACUGCCUUCAGAGAACACUGGGGAUUGGGUCAGUUUGUUAUUGGAAGAGUCAUUACUGGUAUUGGUAACGGUUUGAACACCGCCACAAUCCCUGUGUGGCAAUCCGAAAUGUCCAAGGCCGAGAACAGAGGUAGAUUGGUCAACUUGGAAGGUUCUGUUGUUGCAAUUGGUACUUUCAUUGCCUACUGGUUGGAUUUCGGUCUUUCGUAUGUCGACAACACUGUCCAAUGGAGAUUACCUGUUGCUUUCCAGAUCUUCUUUGCCCUUAUCUUGUUGCUUGGUAUCAUUAACUUGCCUGAAUCUCCUAGAUGGUUGAUCUCUCAAGACCGUAAGCAGGAGGCUAUGGAGGUUUUGAGUAAGUUGGGUGGAUUGCCUAUUGAUGAUGAUGAGGUUUACGCCGAAGUUACUCUUAUCCAAGAUGCUGUCAACAGAUUCUCGAGAUCCCAAGUUGGUUUCAAGGACUUGUUUUCUGGUGGCAAGACUCAGCACUUCCAAAGAAUGCUCAUUGGUGCUUCUACCCAAUUUUUCCAACAGUUUACUGGUUGUAACGCGGCUAUUUACUACUCCACUGUUUUGUUUGAGACCACAAUUUUCCACGGUAAGAGAAGAUUAUCUUUGAUUCUUGGUGGUGUCUUUGCUACUGUUUAUGCCCUUUCCACUAUCCCAUCUUUCUUCUUGAUUGACACAUUCGGAAGAAGAAACCUUUUCUUGACUGGUGCUUUAGGUCAGGCUAUCUCUUUCACCAUUUCCUUUGCAUGCUUGGUUGACCCUACUACACAGAAUGCCAAGGGUGCUGCUGUCGGUAUUUUCUUGUUUAUUACCUUCUUCGGUUUCACCAUUUUGCCUUUGCCAUGGAUUUACCCUCCAGAGAUCAACCCAUUGAGAACCAGAACUGUGGCAACUGCCAUCUCCACCUGUACCAACUGGCUUACUAACUUCGGUGUUGUGAUGUUCACUCCAAUUUUCAUGGAUGCUUCUGCUUGGGGUGCCUACUUGUUCUUCGCUGUCUUGAACUACUUGUUUAUUCCUGUCAUUUUCUUCUUCUACCCAGAAACUGCCGGCAGAACUUUGGAAGAGAUCGAUAUCAUUUUCGCCAAGGCUCAUGUCGACGGUCGUCAACCAUGGAGAGUUGCUGCUACUUUGCCAAAGCUCAACUACAAGCAAAUCGAAGAACACGGCAACCAGCUCGGUCUUUACGAUGGCGACUUUGAGAAGGAGGGCUUCGAAGUUAAGGAGGAUGUUUCUUCAACUGCUUCUGAUGAUAGAGGAGAGGAAGGUGUUAUGACCACCCAAGUGUAA